GAAGGCAGACGUAAUCUCUGGCUAGAGCUUACCCAAAUAGCAGUAGACCCGAGAGUCUCUCCACUCCCAUGGAAAGUUCUUGGGGAUUUCAACCUGUCUCUGAAUCCAAAAGCCGACUUCAGGGGCAGAACUCGAAUUACUGGUGGUAUGACAGAAUUCAGAAAUUGCUUGACUUCAGCUGACCAUAACCCAAUCGUCACGAAGCUAGACAGGAUCCUUGAAAGCAUGUUUUCCGACCACAAUCCCUCUUGCGUCGAGAUUGGCAGGCCACAAGUUAUGGCAAAUAGACCUUUCCGCUUCCCUAACUUCAUUACAAAUCACCCAUAUCUCAUCCCCAGAAUUAGAGAAGCAUGGGAAGCUCUACAUUAUGAAGGCACAAAGAUGUUCUCCGUAGUGAAGAUGUUGACGCAGUGGAAGAGAACUAUAAAGGACAUCAAUAAGGACCAUUAUUCUAACUUGAAGAAACGCAUCUCGGAAGCUCUUGAUAACCUCACAGAGUGCCAAAAAACCUUCUCUUCUCUCCAACGCCAGCUAUGGCCACACUGGAGAAGGAAGCACACAAGAAACUGGUGGAUAUUCAGAGGUGCUGUGUGGAUUUCUACGGUGCUCUCUUGGGUGGCAGGGUCUCCUAAGCUUCAUGAGUUACGUGACGUUCUGUCGGCAACGAACACACCCGACUCAAGCAGCGGCCCUGAUCAGUACCUCUGGAAUACAGGGGGCAUUGAAAGGUCUACUUUUUCCGUCGCGCGUACUUGGGAGGAACUCAGACCUUCGGAUCAACCAAAGCCUUGGUACAAAGUGGUCUGGUUUAAAUGUUGCAUUCCUAAGCAUACUUUUACCUUCUGGGUCACCACUGCAGAUAGGCUUCCAUUUCGGUGCCGUCUCGUUAGUUGGGGAAUUGCAACCUCCGCUCUGUGCUGCUUGUGCAAUUUGCAUGACGAAACAAGAGAUCACCUCUUCCUCCAUUGUGAAUUCAACCAGCUGGUUUGGAAGAUCAUCUUACAUCGACUUGGCCAGCCGAGCCUCGCCUUUGCAAACUGGUCAGAGUUAAUAACGUGGAUGCUUGGGCCCUCUCACCAUACUCCAAAGCUCCUCAAACUCCUGGCAGUUCAGGCAACAAUAUUCUUCUUAUGGAAGGAGAGAAACACCAGACUCCAUGAUAGCUGCUCUUCUACUCCUGAUCUCUGCUUCAUAUACAUUGAUCGCUGCAUCCGGGAUGCCAUUCUAGCCUACAACAGAAGGAACAGCUCAAGCCUUCUCUCCUGUUGGUUCACCUAG